AUGCUUAGGAAUGUUACUUGGAAAGAAGAGGAUUCGUCAGAGUCGUCAAACAGUGGAUUUAAAGUUGUUGUUGUUGGUGGUUCUGUUAUUGGAAGUUUGUUUACAAAUAGAUCAGCAAAUUCGCGUCCACUCUAUAGAUUUGAGAGAAGAGCACAAAGCGAUGUGGAACUCGACAAGUUUGCCUAUAAACAAUAUAUUGCAAGUGAAGAAGCGAUACAAUCACUUCCCUAUGUCAUUCGUCAAAAGAUUCGCUCUUACCUAGAGGAUAUGGAUGAUACUUACAAUCAUUGGGCAGCCAAUAAAUACCGGUCAAAGGAAUGGAUAAACUCUGAUAUCGAUUUGUUUUUGGUGUGUAAGGAAAGUGCUGAAUCCAUUGCAAUGCUGCCUCAGAGAAUCAAACGACUGGUCAAGGAGAUUACCGAUUGUAUUCCGGUGGCAUAUCGUUUGAUAAAGACCGAUUUCUCAGUAACCAUUCUUCCACUGUAUCCUUAUCGUCCUGUGCAGAUUGUCACUUCACUACUCAGAGCGGUAUCCGAUCAAGCGUUGUUUUCCGACUUGGAUUGCAAUACCCUUGUUUACGAUCCAUCUGCAAACAAUAUCUAUACCUCUAUCAGAGGUUUGAAGUCGAUUCAAUACUCUGUUAACUAUAUAAGUCCAGAGUUUAUCAAGAGAGCUAGAGUUAAGAAGUAUGUGGAAAGAGGUUUCACUGCCGUUUGUUUUGAAUCGUGUAAACAUUAUCCAAGGUGCGAUGUCAAAGCGGUUGCCGAUGCAAGAAAUCAAAGACGAUCAGAAGAUUCAAUGCGAACUUCUUCUGCCAGCGAUGAUUUAUAUGAUUCGCUCGAGGGAAAACCAUAUGGACAAGAGAUACAAGAUAUACAGCUGGUUGACGAUAUAAUUGAAAGCAAAAUGGAUCUGUAUAAACCCAUUGACGGACUAGAUGAUUUAGUAAGCAAGCUAUCAAUGCCAUCCACUUUUCAAUGGAGAUUCCAAGAUAAAAAGUUAAAAAAGCGAUGCUAUCAGUGUGAGCAGGCGUUGGAAGAUAUUCCUCAUCCUUUGUGUCAGGCAUGCGAGUAUACCAAUCUAGCAAAGCUAAAUCAAUGGGAUUCAAUCAGUUAUUUUGACGAUGAAGAUACUAUUUAUAAAGCUGGAAAAUAUGCAAUUGUUACUGGUGCAAGAAACAAGAUUGGCUUCCAAACUGCUUUGAGAUUGUUGCGCUCUGGAUACCAUGUGUUGGUUACAACCCGAUUCCCUCAUACUGCCUAUCAAAACUAUAUAUCAGAGACCGACAAUUGUAGAUGGAUUGGCCGUCUUCAAAUCUAUGGAAUCGACUUUAGACACUUGCCAUCGGUAAACAAGUUUAUCCAGUACGUUUUGAAGAACAUUCCGAGACUGCAUAUUUUAAUCAACAAUGCCGCACAGACAAUCAGACGACCAAGAGCUUACUAUCAAACUAUUGUUGAGGAGGAAAGUAGAUUGAAAAAAGAAGUUUAUAAAUAUAUUGUUGUCUCUUCAAAGGAGAAUGUAAAUCAUCUGUCUUUGGUACCGGUAAACAACAGACUAUUGGAUAGUUCAGAGAUGUCGCAAAUCAUUGUGCAUAAAGACGAUGAAGAACAAGAGAAUCGUAAACUCUUCCCAGAGGAUAUGGUAGAUGAACAUGGUGACCAACUGGAUAUGCGAUCGAAAACAACUUGGAACAACUCCAUUGAAGAGAUAUCGAUGGAGGAGAUGUUGGAGGUUCAACUCAUCAAUGUUACCGUUCCUUUUAUGCUGAUGUCGCAAUUGGCUCCACUCAUGACAACGCCAACUGUCAGCGCCAAGAAUACAGUGAAACAAAUAGAAGAUUGGUCAUAUAUAAUCAAUGUUUCAUCGCCAGAAGGUUCAUUCCAGAAGGAUUCAUUCAAUCUAUCUUCUGGCUAUCAUGUGCACACCAACAUGGCCAAAGCUUCAUUGAAUAUGAUGACACUCUCGACUUCGGAACAAUACAUCAAGAAGAGAAUCUUUGUUUGUGCAGUGGAUCCUGGAUGGAUCACCAAGAUGACAACCAACGCCAAACCAAAUGGCACAGAAGCACCGCUAUCCGCACAAGAUGGUGCAGCAAGAAUACUCGACCCUAUUUACUCACACAUUAAUAAUCACCAAACCAAACACGGAAUAUUAUAUAAACAUUUUCUACCAACUCAAUGGUAA